AUGGAUGAAUGCUUGCCCAACUCAUGUCUGCUGGGUGUUCACCUCGUCAUUUCAACUCAUUCGGGACCACAAAUAGUUUACCACUAUCCACCUUCCAAUACAGCAUUCUUAACAAAUAAUCCAGCAAAGCAUCAGCAUUUUUAUGGAAAUCAUGAUGUACUGGGGAAAAACACAGAUAAGGGAGACAAAUCGUUCAAUACCGGGGCUGCCAAAACAACUUCCCAAGGCCCCCAAAAUGACUCAAUGAACAAUUUCAAUGCCACCGUUCCGCCAUCUAUGACAAAUUCAAAUAUAAAUAGUGGGACAAUGCCCACAACAAGGUCCCAUGCUAAUACUGUGGGCUCUCAAGGCUCAAUUCCCACUGCAAGUAAUGGUAUAGGCUAUGGGGAAACCGACGCCGGGAACAACCCUGGGUCUUUUCAGUACUCAGAAUCCGAAUCCGAAUCAUCAUCAUCUGGCUUGAGUGAUAGUGAACUAUCUACAGAUUACGUAGAUGUUUCAAGCGAUUCAUUUUCAAUAUCAUCCUCGUUAUCAUCGCCCUCAUUAUCCUCUACUUCGUCGAGCCCAACUUCAUCCUCCCCUCUGCAAGAUGGCUUAUCCCCCACUAUUUCAAGUUCCCAAUCAAUCGAUUCAAUGUCCCCCACUUCUCCACAGAUAACCAUGACUAAUGAUGGUGUUUCAGUCUCGGAAUCAUAUUUAGAUUCCGCCGUAAACAAUAAAUCGAGGGCCACUUCAAAAAGAUCUCAGAAUUUCUUCCACAAAUUGAGUACCAAAAAAAGUGCUGAACUGAAACCGCAUUCUCCAAUAAGGAAACUCAAAUCUAAGCCCUCAAAGAGUACUACCAAAGGCAAUAAGCUGCUAAAAAACCCUUCCAACGAGACCGAUGCAAAUGCCCUUGUGGGGAACUAUUCACUCUCAUCGAAAAAAUCGAUCUCAAGCACGGGAGACUAUAACCAAGAUAUUCGUAAUAAUAGUCUCAAUGACACUCCUGGCCAGUCACCCCACCAUUACCAUCAUCGUUAUCACCACUACCGUAAGUCUAUUGCGAAUAGUCAACGAAAUAUAUCCACUCAGUACGAUGUCGACGAAGAUAUGGAAGUUUCAACAAUGUUACAGGAUGGAAAAAUAUCCAUGAACGAGAUAUUUUUCAAAGAGGAGAAUUUCCAAGACAUAAAUAAAAUUCUAGAAUUUGAUCAUGAUUUCGUUGCAGAAUUUUGUAGUCCCGAAAGGGAAAUGUGCAAUACUAGAUUUGAAUUGACAGUGGACAACUUUUGCUUUUUAGGCCUGCCCAUCCACGUGGAUUCUCAAGGAAGAUGGAGAAAAUCCAAACAUAAAAAUAAAACUCGUUCUAAAAGAUCAUCGAGUACUACGACAAAUAUUAGUAGAAAGAAAUCCGUUGCUUCCAAGAUCUCAUCGGUAAGUGAAAACACUCUAAAGAAACUAAACAGUGGCGAAGCUGAGACUGAUUACGACAACAAUGUUGGUGACGAGAACUAUACUGAUGCGCCAAAUUUGAAGAUAAAUACUGAUUUUAAUGGGAGCGAGUUUGACAGAGAAAAGGAAGACUUGGGUAAAAAUAUGAAUAUGUUCCAUGUCUGCUUCGUCAUGAAUCCCCAUUUAAUAGAAUACAACAAGAGAGUAGAUGAUAUGUAUCAGUUUGUUGUGACAAGGUUAUCACUACUGUUAAGAUAUGUGCAAUCGAAGACAUCGUAUGUUUCUAGUGAAUGUCAUCUUAUUUUGAAGGAAAGGGAAAGAGUAUUGAAACAUUCAAAAACGUACCAAACCAUCAACGGUGCCGGAAACAAAGGCAAAUACUUAUACCAAAGAAUCCUAGCCAAGUCAUCGUUAGCUAGAGCGUUAACGGAGUGUGUUGACAAGAUCCAAAGAAACGAAAUUGCGUGUCUCGAGAUUAGUGACGAUAAAGUAAUCUCUUUGCAAAUCCCAAUUCAAAACGAAUUUGAAAAAAUGCCGAACUUUAAAUUACAGCCCGUAUUGAGAGGCUCAUAUUUGACGUCUAUUUUAAACAUGAAAUUUUUAGAAAAAUCAUCAUUGAGAAUUGAAGGUCAAAAUCGUCAAAAUAACCAGGCCCAAAUAAGUGAUGCCAAUAACAACAUAUACAGAUUCAACAACAAUAUCAACAAUACCGGUCAUGGUGGUGCACCAAAUGUCGAUGACGGGGAUGAUAAUGAAAGCAGUUACUACUGUGACGAUAAUGAUGAUCUUCUAAAUUACGCAUUGUUGUUACUAGAUGAGCCAAAUAACAUUAUCAAUUCUUUGGAAACGUUUUCGUACCAGGACGAUAUCGGCAGUGUGAUAUUGAAGCAUUUGGUCAGAAACACCCAGCCAAACAUCCCCUUAAAGUCGUACCACUACUUGAUAAGUGAACUACUAGACAGUCCGUCAUCACAAAAUGACCUUACUUCGGAGACAAGUUCAUUCGAGUCGGGAAUCUUGCGUUCGUGCGCAUUGCAUUUGAUGUAUUGGAGACAUGCAAGAAUAGUGAUUCCAGUGAGCUCCAAAUACACAUACAUCGUUUCGCCGUUGGCUCCUAUACAAGGUUACACAAUAGAUGAUUUCAAAAGUACUUCCCAACAUGAUGAUAAAGUGAGCAUGGUGGAGAAUGAUAAGAAUAAUGGUGCGCGUGGCGAGAGUGUGCCUUUAAUCUAUCAAAAUUCGAUACUAUUUAGAUCCAAAUUCCCAUCAUUGCCCACUUUACCGAUUUUUUUAAAUUUGUUAUCGGUGGAUAAACCUCAGGCGUACAAUAACAUAAUUCCAUCAAGAGACCACAAGCCAGUUUACUUGAACGCGUUAGGGUGGCUGAUACAGUACGGAUACGUGACGCAAUUGCUAACAUUUAUUAAUAUCCGCGUGGACAAACAUAUAAAGAUGGCAGUCGAUGAGGACUUGGAGAAAGAGGGAUUCCGUAAGACUAAUACCACAGGACGACCUGGUUUGGAUUACAAAAGGGCAGAUAAAAAACUAGACGAUGAAGAUGGACAAAACAGAGACGCCAAUGCCAACGAAGAAUGCGUGGGGAAGACCGAAAGCGAGCAACCCAAUGGCAACAAAACCAAUGACAACAAUGAUGUGAACGGCAAUGAGAAGGCGGAAGACGGUCAUGGCGAUGACCUCGAUAAUAAUGAAAUGGCUGUGGUCGAUGAAGAGGAAAUAUUACAUUUCGAAUACGACGAUCCGGAGAUGCAGCACGACUAUACAAUAAUUCUGGAGCCCGAGAGAGCCACGGCAAUCGAAAAAAGGUGGCUAUACAGAUGCAUUUAUGAUCAACCUUCAGACAUCCAAAUUUUGUUCAAUAGGCUACUAAAGCAUUUCAAUGGGAAGGUCCCCAUGGAGCUGGUUAUCAUAAAAGAGGAAAUUAGUAGGCAUGAUUUGAAGAGAUUGCUCAAUGCUUUAAAUAAGUAUCUAGUCGAGACUCACCACUGGUGA